CUGCCUUUAUUUUUGGCUGACUGAUGAAAAUGAAUGUUUUUUAAAGUAGGAAAUGCCAAAAAAAAAAACCGGAGGGAGGGGGGAAAUCACAACAAUUCUGCGAAAAAAGAUCAGCAAUAGAUGAUAGGGAGAGAGCAGGGUGCUCCCCAGAGAAGUUCUCUGGGUUUUUGAGUAAUGAUUGAAGAUCUUUGGAUAGAGCCCUUCCAUUAGAACAGGUUCCAAAUGUUGACCCACUUUUAGGAGAGACAUAAAAUUGAUGGCCCAAAGAUGGCCAAAAGUUGAUUGAACACAUUCCCAGAACUCCAGCUCCACUCUUCUCGCAGAUCUUAUCUUUUGGUAUUUUUUUGGGUAUAAAACAGACCACACACCCAGAGAACCCAAACAGUUGUCCAACAUGAAGCCCAGUGUGCAAAUAUUCGUUCUUUUGUGCCUCUCCUGUGCCCUGAUCGAUGCCCGUCUCUCGGGUCUGCGUCGGGUCCAUGGCUCUGGUCGCAGUGCCUUGGAGGAGCCACAGAUUGUGAUUUUCUCCUCCCAGGGAGAGCCCAUCAAGCGGUCGGACGACGAAGAAGUCACCUUCCAGGAGCCACAAAUCAUCGAAGCCGAAACCGAGGCAGAGAAAGACAGUCGCAAGGUCCCAGACUAUCUGUACUCCAAUUCCAUGCCGCUGGUCAACGAUCAGAAUGUCAAGUAUGUGGUGCCCCAAGUGGCCGCCUAUCCUGUGGCCUAUGGCCCCUCGAUCGUCACCAAUCGCAACGGCAAUGGCAUCCAGAAUCAGAACCAAAACCGCAUCAAUCCGGGUCUGUCCUAUGUGAUGGUGCCACGGGUCCAGCUUGGGUUCAAUCUCCAGGGACAAUCGGGCUUCAACUGGCCCAACCUGAAUCUCCUGAAUCCCUCUUCGGGUGGCGAUUCUGCUGCCGAGAAGGAGGAACCUUUGGGUCCCACUGCCUACAUUCCCAUUCCAGUGCCCGGGCCACCGGGUCCCCCGGGGCCGCCUGGCCCGCCCGGCAUGCGUGGCCCUACCGGACCCACGGGUCCGCGUGGUCACCGAGGCCCUCCGGGCGAAUCUCAGCCCCAGAAGCCCUCCCACAAUACCCCGCAGAGCAUUUGGUACACGCAGUCGAGCAGCAAUCAUAAUAAUAAUAACAAGCCGCAAUAUUCUGAACACUUUUCGAAUGGUUAUCAAAGUUAA